GGAUAUUCGAAAAGUAAGAAGUUGCCGUAUACUUGUACAUUCCAGAGGAGUUUGCUCAAAUUUGAAUGUUGACAUAUGGAUAUUUUGCUGUUCUGCCUUUUAUUUUCUGUAUCAUUUCGACACAUACAUCAGUCGUUUGGAAAAUUCAAACAGUUCCAAUUGUAAUUGGCGAAGACGUUGUAAUACAAUGUAUUGUUUCGGUUGAUGCAUGUCGAAUAGAUCACACAAAACAGUGGACAGGAGGCAAGGGGUACAAGUUAAUUGGAUUAAACGGACAUACAACAAAUAAGUCAAAAUACACGAUGAACGUAUAUAAAUCAACUCUUAGCUUUGAACUAAGAGUCAAAAACUUCACCGAAGCUGAUGCUAACAACGAAUAUACAUGUUUAUGUGGAAAAGCGCACUAUACAGCCAUGCUGAUGCUAAAUACAACUGGACAUGUGUAUAUACCAUUGGACGAUGAAAUUAUUGACAACAGCUACUUUAAAGAUAACACAAUACAUGUGAAUCUUACAAUCAUGAAAGUACAUCCUUUACCAACUUGUUAUUUGCAAUAUAAUGGUUUGACAAAAAAAUUAAAAGCACAUGGAAACGAAAACGAAAAUGGUAAUAACACAUUUUAUGAACUUGUUUAUGAUGAUACAACGGCAGUUCAUAAACGAUGUAACAUAACUUGGUUUUUCAACUGUACCUUUGGAAAGAAGAGUUUUCGUACGGACUAUCAUAAUUUAUAUAGUUGUAAUCUCGAUUAUGUACCCAAAGACAAAGAUGUGAAGCCAAUAUAUAUACUGUUUGUGAUUCCAGUGAUUCUCCUUCUUAUCGUCGUGUACAUUGUUUAUUUGAAAUGUCGGAAUUCUGAAAGAAAGUCUAAUGUGGAAAAUGAAGAAAGCAAUAGUCUACAACAAAUACACACAUAAGAAAAGACGACGAAACUCCAUUUAAUAGAAAAUAAAAUCCAUGUGGAACGGGAGUGAUCCGCCAUCUUGGAUCGUUCGUUGAUGAUUAACAGAAAAAACGUUUUCAUCAUUUCGUAUAAAAAAUUCUAUAUUAGCAAAUCAGGAUGUGAAGUUUCAUAUUGAACGUCAUGUGUGCUGUAUUGCAAUAUAGCAGAAAACCUUUUAGUAAAAAAAGAUUUUUCUAUGCAGGAAUGUCUAGUAUUUGGAAGAAAUAUAAUUACCUAGACAAAUAUUCUGUGAGGUUAUGUUCUUAUCACAACUGCUUACAAAUACAUGAUAUUAUGUGAUCGAUUCAAACAUAUUUGACUUAAUCUUUCACAGGAAGAUGACUCAGAUAAUCUAAACUGAAAGAAAUUAAGGUUCAUCUAUUUUUCGUCAAAUUGCUUAAAGUGAUUGAUACAGCUAUUUUUUAAUACUUUAUUUAGGUUAUUUUUUUCUAACAUGAUAGGGCUUUGUUUCGUUUUUUUUUUAAAUAUUAUGAUAAAUGUAAAAACUUUCUUUUAGAAAGUUCUAAACUGAGGUUUAUUUUCUAAUUUUAUUCAAAAUGAGAAAAUUGGUAGAUAAUAUUAAGGUCUUAUUGUUGCAGUUACAAAGUUUUUACUGCAAAACAUGUAAUUUAUUAGGUGAUAACAAGACAUACUUACAUGCGUAGGAAAUAACAUUUUCAUUAUCAUAUUGAUUGUAAAACAAAUGUUCUAUCGAUUUCAGUUGUUCAUCGGUAUAGUUUUAUUUGAA